UUAAAGGUUCGUGUUAGCACCACAGUCACGUUAUAAAACCUGAAAAUUAAUGGAGGGACAUUUCUUAAUGAUUUCAAGAAAUUGAGACAAAAGAGCUAGGAAUGGUCAGUUCAUUAGUUUGAUGCGAAUAGUGAGUGGACACCAUGGAUGGUCGAAUGUCGCCUCGAUUAGAGGAGUCGAUAAACAGAAGCGAGAAGAGAAACGCUGUUCCAAAGAUGAUGCAAAAUGGCGAUGUGAAAGGUGAUGGUAGAUUCAAGAUCCACCGUAUCCCAUUGUGUCGUACUGCUCGUUGCCUUGUAUCCCAUGUUACAUCACCAAGCUGCAUAUGGGUGAAGCCCGUGAACCAUAUUACGGAAAAGCUGCAAAUCCGAGACUUGAAUAUAUUAAUCCCAGCUCCAGUGGCACACGAAAAUCGCUAUGUGAUGGCACCGCUGGAGGAGGGUGUUUACGCUCGGGCUCGAAUUCGUGAAAUUGAUCAGCGGACAAAAUUUGUGAAAGUAUUGUUCAUCGACGAAGGGACCACUGCUUGGAUGAAUUCUGCAUGCCUUGCAAAAAUGGACGAAAUAUUAGCUUUCCAUCCUUGGCAAGCAAUUCCCGUCGCAUUAUUUAAGGUGAAGCCAUAUCAGGACAUCGUUGUUGGUAAUGUACAACCGAAAUGGUCGAAGGAGGAUACAACAGCUUUGCGAGAAAUUCUUAAAAAAUUCGAACUUGUUCGUGUAGAGGCAAUCCUUAAUAGUAUUCCCACCAAUGAUUAUUGCGAUUUUGUAAAAGUUAAUAUGUAUGGUAUGGAAUCUGAGUCGGACGAAAUGGGUACUUCAAUCACUCAUUUGUUUGUCCGUGAACGUUUCGGUGAAGUUGAUUUUGAACGAGAUUUAUUUGAUGGAAUCACACAAAAAAUGUUUGAAACUUUUACAAACAGAGAAGUUCUGACUGUGGAGACUUUGGAAACUUGGCGGCUCAAUUUUCCAGGUAAAAGCGAGACUGGAACUGUAAUAGAACCCAUCUUGAAUGAAGCAACCACACACAGCACACAGAUUUCAUUAGUGGACGUUAGUUGGUUGAAUGAGGGAGGAUACUGUCACAAGGGGGAAUAUUUGGUCAGCGUCGAGGGGAGGAACACUGUUUCACCCUACGAGUUUUACGCUCGCCCAUUAAAAAUAGCAAGGUUAAAGGAAGCAGCGCAAGGUGAUACGGAUACAAAAGGAUUUGAAGGUAAUAGUGCAGCGGAUGAUGAAGAGGAUGCAAUGAUUUCAGCAAAUGACGAACUUGCCAAUUUUGCUGAGGAAUUGAACUCAUUCUAUGGCCAUCCCAAAAACAGAAAGCUUAUUAGUUCAUCCCAAGUGGUUGCCAUGUUGGAGAAAGGACAACGUAUAUAUGGUAUUGUGGAAGUGGACGAUGAAUUUGCUCAAUUUACUGGCUGUUGGCAAAGAGUUGAAAUAUUAGGCAUCAAGGAUGGUUAUUAUUCCGAAAGCUUUUUUUGUCGCAUACGGUUCCUUGAUUCUGGUGGAACUGAUGUCCGUUUGUUGUCCAGUAUCCUUGAAAUAAAUCCAAUGCACUGUGUUCGGCCACCUUUUUGCUUACAAAUGUGUAUGCAUGGGUUAGAACCGGUGGAUCAUUUGGAUUGGUCUGAAAAAGCAAAACGGUUUUUCUUCAGUGAACUCCGUGAAGAUGUACCAGUCGCUUUGAAUAUUGUGGGUUGUAACAAAGAAAAUGAGAGUCGCCAUUUGUAUGACUGUAAACCAUUUCAAAGGCCAGGCGUAUUGUUUGUGAAUUUCAUCCAGGUGCGUGAUGGUUCUGUGACAACGUUGGAUGCUCGACUUCAAAAGGAGGGACACGCAGUAAUUGCCGACCACAGUCCGGUAAAGCUAACAGAAUGACAUAACACCUGCAGACUAUAUGGCAUUUUUCGCUUGUUUUUGUAAACGCCUUUGAGUCUUUUUUUUUGCAGUAGCAGUUACUUUAUUUUAUUUUCUUAGUAAAGGAGCAGGACAAACUUUCCAGAAUUCAGACGAUCUUUUUUAUUUAGGAGUGCUUGAAAAUUUCCACUGACUAGGCAUAA